CGCCUGUCCGUCGGGCCCCAGCACCAGCGGGAGCUCAGCGCAACCAGAGUGCUCGCUGUGGUCGCCGUCCAUCCGUGCCACCCGGCGCUGCAGUGGGGCCAGGCGGGCUGGCAGACGCCCUGAUGCUUUGACGCCGCCCAUCCCUCCCUCCAUCCGCCAACUGGCCCGGCCUGACCGAUCUCGCCAAACCGACCAGGCAACCGGGAAGAAAGGAAAGAAGGCGAGGCGACGUGGGACGGGACGGCCCCGCCGGAGGAAUGGCCUCGCAUCGCGAGUAACGGGAGCGGCGAGACCGCCGGGGGCUGCAGGCGGAGCACCAGAACCGCGGGGCCUCCCGACCGGCUCCCGCCGGCCCCAGCCCGGCCCGGCCAUGCUCUUCCACAGUCUGGCCGGCUCGGAGAUGCAGGGCGUCAUCGACGAGAUGGACCGGCGAGCCAAAGGCGAGGCGCCCGCCAUCAGCUCGGCCAUAGACCGCGGCGAGACGGAAACGCACGCCAUGCCCUCCAUCAGCAGCGAGCGGGCCGCCCUGUGCGCCGGCUGCGGGGGCAAGAUUUCGGACCGCUACUACCUCCUGGCGGUGGACAAGCAGUGGCACAUGCGCUGCCUCAAGUGCUGCGAGUGCAAGCUUAACCUGGAGUCCGAGCUCACCUGCUUCAGCAAAGACGGCAGCAUCUACUGCAAGGAGGACUACUACAGGAGAUUCUCCGUCCAGCGCUGUGCCCGCUGCCACCUGGGCAUCUCGGCCUCGGAGAUGGUGAUGCGCGCCCGAGACUCGGUUUACCACUUGAACUGUUUCACCUGCUCGACGUGCGCCAAGAUGCUGACCACGGGCGACCACUUCGGCAUGAAAGACAACCUGGUUUACUGCCGGCUGCACUUCGAGGCGCUGCUCCAGGGGGAGUACCAGCUGCACUUCAACCACGGCGAGGGGGCCCCCGGCAAAGGGCCCGCGCUGGGCUCCGCCGCUCCGCUAGGACUACCCUACUACAACGGCGUGGGCACCGUGCAGAAGGGCCGGCCCAGGAAGAGGAAGAGCCCCGGGCCCGGCACCGACUUGGCUGCCUACAACGCAGCUUUGAGCUGCAAUGAGAACGACGGGGACCACCUGGACAGAGACCAGCAAUACCCCAGCAAUCAGAAAACAAAGCGCAUGAGGACCUCUUUCAAACACCACCAGUUGCGGACAAUGAAGUCUUAUUUUGCUAUUAACCACAAUCCAGAUGCCAAGGACUUGAAACAGCUUGCUCAGAAAACGGGCCUGACCAAGCGGGUGCUCCAGGUCUGGUUUCAAAACGCGCGAGCUAAAUUCAGACGGAACCUUUUACGCCAAGAGAACACAGUGGUGGACAAGGCCUCUGACUCAACACUCCAAGCUGGCACUCCAUCCGGCCCUGCGUCUGAAAUCUCCAACACCUCUAUGAGCCCAUCCAGCACCCCCACCACAUUAACAGACUUGACAAACCCCAGUAUGCCGUCAGUCACCUCGGUCUUGACCUCAGUGCCGGGGGGCCUGGAGGUCCAUGAAUCCCGGAGCCCCUCACAGACGACGCUGACAAAUCUUUUCUGAUGACUCUCUCUUUCUCUCUUUUUUUUCUUUGAAAAAGAAAUUAUUCUUAGUUGAAUUCCAAGUGUAUUUUUACUAGAGACUUUUUCACAGCUGGGCUAGCCACAGUGUAGGGUCUUUCUGGGCAGCAGAAGAACAGCAUUGCGGUUUGGUCCAACAGUCACCAGGUGGACUGAAGAAUAACUUGGAAGAGCAACUGGCCACACAACAUUUGUGUCAAUGUACAGUUUUGUGGACUGGGCAAGGGAAACAGCAAUUAAUUUAAGUUGGCUAAAGCUUCUGUAAUUUUCAAAGACUGACACGUGCCUUAUGUACUGUUCUCCACCCUUUAGAUCACACACAUCCUGCCCCCCCCCCGAUUCCUUCUUCCUUUUUCCUCUCUGUAUAUUUAUGACCAGGGCAAAAAACAAACACAAAAAGGAAGGUAAAAUGUUAAUAAGAGUUUUGUUACUUUGAAUUAGUCCUAAGCCCUUCAUUGGUUGUUCUGAUGUUUUAGAAUUUUAAAAGUGAAAAGUCUGUUCAGCUAUCAGAAUUUGUAAAAAUCUAACCAGUAAUAAAACCACUUAA